GGGGCGGGCCCGGCCCCGGCGGCCGGUGACACCGCGCGCUCACGUGACCCGCCGGCAGCCGCGCUCGCUCCGCGCUCCGCCAUGGCUGCGGCGGCCGCCGCCGGCUCGCUGCUGCUCUGCCUGCUCGGCCUGGCGCUGCCCGGCGGCAGCGCGCUGCACACCAAGGGCUCCGUGCCGCUCGACGCCAUCACCUUCUACAAGGUAAUUCCAAAGCAUAAGUUCGUCCUUGUGAAAUUUGAUACACAAUAUCCUUACGGUGACAAACAGGAUGAGUUUAAAAAGCUGGCGGAGAGCUCAGGUUCCAGUGAAGAUCUUUUGGUGGCUGAAGUGGGAAUAUCAGAUUAUGGUGAUAAGCUGAACACUGAGCUGGGUGAAAAAUACAAGCUGGAUAAGGACAAAUACCCUAUUUUUUACUUAUUCCGAGAUGGUGACUUUGACAACCCCUUACCUUACACUGGGCAAAUCAAAGCUGGGGCUAUUCAGCGCUGGUUGAAGAGUAAUGGCAUCUAUCUGGGGAUGCCAGGCUGCCUGAAAGAAUACGAUAUGCUGGCCAGCAAGUUUGUGAGCACCACCGAAAAAUCGGAACGCCAAUCCCUCCUGAAAAAAGGGCAAGAAAGUUUAGAAAAAACAAAGGAAACCGAUAAGAAGUCAGCUGAGCAAUACUUGAAAAUUAUGAGCAAGAUACUGGAGCAGGGAGAAGAAUUUGCUGCUAAUGAAGUUGUCCGAAUCACAAAACUGAUUGAGAAGAACAAAAUGAGUGAUGGAAAAAAGGAGGAGCUCCAGAAAAGUCUCAAUAUCCUUGCUUCUUUCCUGAAAAAGAAUAAUGAAAAAGAUGAGCUCUAGUAUGUUGGAGAACUUUGUGCAAGCUGUGAAACACUGGCAGAAUCCUAACCAGUUCUCCUUAUACAGGCAAACUUCCCAUUGACUUCAAGAGCAGCAGAUUUCCUUCUGAUAUUCUCAGUUCAUUAGAAGAUCAAGAGGAAGACAUUCCAUUAAAAAAAAAAAGUAUUCUAAAUGUUUUUAAAAUUACCUUAAAGUAAGAUGCCAGUAUUGUGUAAUACUAUUAAAUAACAGUGUUAAAGUAGACAAAAAAGCAUUGGAUUGGCCUGAAGCACAUUCCUGGUGGUUUUUACAGCUGUUCUCUGACAAACAACAACAAAACACAGUCUCACGUUCCAUCUUAUAUGUUCUAAAAGGUACAGACUUAGUGCCCCUCUCAUUCCCACCUUUUCCUGUUAUUUUUUAGUGUCUGUCUGAUUUAUUCUCUUUAAUCUCCUCCUCAUCAUAUCUGCCGUUUUCCCGGUAGUGCUACUUGUCUUGUUUCCCUUACCUGUUGUUGACUAAGUGACCUUUCCUUUUUCUGCUUCUCCCUCAGUGGCUUCCAUCCCUCUUUGGCUUGGGUAUCAGCCAAAUGUUGGUGCACGCAGUAAAGACAGGUUCUCUGCAUAUCAGAACUUGCUCUUCAUCUGGCCAGAGCAGCCUUUACCGGGAAUUACCAUUACUGUUUUGAUAUCCAGACAGAGCGAUUCAAGUUCUAAGCAAGGGCAGAAUCUUUCUGAGGUGCUAUUACACUUAGACUUGCCAGAGUUUAUGCAGAACUGUGAUUUUUUUCAAAAGCUUAUAACUUAGGCAAAUUCAGGUGAACUUCUUGUGGCUGAAAAGCACAGCUGCUGCAUGUGCUUUUUACCUGUCCUUCCCAUCCAAACUUCACUUCCCAGGUUCAAAAUAUAUAAGGACACUUAGAAAGUUUUGAGCAGUAGUUAAUGUGAAUAAAAUAUUUUUUUCUAACCUUGUCUUCAAAAAUGAUUGAUGCUAUCAAACUAAAGCUUCAACAGCAGUUGGCAGGGUUUUAAAUAUGUGAAACAGGAAGUAUAAGUAUUAAUGCCCUUAUAACCCCUAUCUAUAGUAUUUUAAUAAGGGAACCUAAAUCCAGAGAUCAGCUCAGUCCUGGAAGCUGUUACUGCAUGUGCUGUUCAUUCAGAUGGCUGCUGUGAGAUGCUACACUCCUGAUGGGGUUUCAGAGUCUGAAGAGAAACAUGUUCUGUGCUUUAAGCUAAGCAAAACUGAUUUCUGCGGGAGCUUUGCUGCCUUUUGAAUCCUGGGGUGGGUACAGGGAGCAGAUACCCUUGCAAGACAAAAUGUAUUAAUAAUGCUCUAAUAAAAAAAAUUGGUUCCAAUUAA